AUGACUGAAAGAAUCGCAACUGAUGUUUCAAUUGAGUUGAUUAGUUCUGCCCCAUCAAACGAUUUCGACGAUUUAGUUGGAAUGAGAGCUCAUAUGGAAAAGAUUGAGCCGUUUUUAGGCUUAGACUCCGAUAAAGUAAGGAUGAUAGGGAUUUGGGGUCCGUCUGGAAUUGGCAAGAGCACUAUUGCUAGAUUUUUAUUUGAAGAAUACUCUCAUGAGUUCCAGCUUAGUGUUUUCAUGGAGAACACCAAAAGACGGUAUCCAAGACUUUGUCACGAUGAGUACAAUAUAAAACUGCAAUUACAAAAAGAGUUUUUGUCUCAAAUAAUAAACCAAGAUGAUAUUAAGAUUCAUCAUUUAGGAGUUGCAAAAGACAGAUUAAAGUACAAGAGAGUGCUUAUUGUUCUUGAUGAUGUGGAUCAGUCGGUGCAACUAGAUCCAAUGGCAAAAGAAAAUGGAUGGUUUGGUCCUGGAAGUCGGAUUAUAAUCACAACGCAAGAUAAAAGGCUUUUGAAUGCACAUGGAAUUAACCAUAUAUACGAGGUGGGGCUUCCAUCUGAUGUUGAGGCUCUCGAAAUCUUCUGCAUGUAUGCUUUUGGUCAAAAGUCUCCAUUUGAUGGUUUUGAGAAUCUUGCUUUGGAAGUUACAAAACGUUCUGGUAAGAUUCCUUUGGGACUAAAGGUUAUGGGAGCUUAUUUUAGAGGAAUGUCGAAGCAUGAGUGGAAAAAAGAACUACCAAGGUUACGGAAUAGCCUUGACGGAGAAAUUGAAAGUAUUUCGAAGUUUAGUUACGAUGCAUUACGUGAAGAAGACAAAGAUGUUUAUCUUUGUAUAGCAUGGUUUAUCAAAAAUGGAUGGAUUGAGAAAGUGGAAGAGCAUUUCCCAAAGAAUUUUGUUGAUGUGAGCCAAGGUCUUCACAUCUUAGCUGAGAAAUCUCUCAUAUCUAUUAGUUGGGGAUAUAUAUGGAUGCAUGAUUUGCUAGCACAUUUUGGUAGAAAGAUUGUUCGUAAACAAUCCAUUCAUGAACCUGGGCAAUGUCAACAUUUGGUUGAUGCUGGAGAGACUUGCCAAGUAUUGAAGAAUGAUACAACAGAUCCUCAAAACUCUAUGAUUCUCCAAGGAUCAUCUUCAAGACCCUUUGUUCCCUCAGCUCUAGUGGCGGAGGCACUUGCUAUGAAAGAUGCGAUUAGUGCAGCCAUAGCCUCGGGUGUAUCUAGGGUGGCCGCUCCUCAGGUUGUUGUCAAGAACUUGUUCUUUUUCUUCAAUCCCACGGUCAUACAAAUGAGCAAGAUGAUAUUUUAG